GUAGUUAAUAAGCGAAAGAGGUCAAACAUAAGAAUUUAAAUUAAUAAAAAAAAUAAUUAAAUUUGUGAAAAAAUAUUAGAAAAUACGAAAAUUAGUGAGGAACGAUCAGGAGAAAAGGUGACACGAAAAAAAGCCCAAACCUCACCUGUCUCACCCCAAUUAUUAUGUUAGCAGACGGUGUCCAUUUAACAACAAUGCCGCCUUUAUUGCCCGUUCAACACUUAUUUUCGUUGCCAAACCCUCCAACAGAUCCCGCCGUUCACAUCACGGAUCUCGAUCGCAAAGCCGUCGACCUUAUCGCACUCAAGCAUCCCUCCAGCAACUCCCAGACCUUCGUAGAGCCCGUAACGUUCGCCGCUCUCUCGCUCCAUCAUGUCAAAGCAAUUUUACGGAUAAACAAUUUGUGCGAGGAAUACUUCAUCCCACUGUAUUACGGGCACUUGACCGCUGCCUGGACCAUCGACGACGAGAUCCGUUGCGACAGUUUCACGGAAGCGGCGCGUCUCGAACACGAAUCGCAAGUCCAAAUGUUUAGUUUGUUACGACGCGUGCCUCCCGACGUCGAAGAAGUGAAAUUUUUGGGAAAAUUCUUCGUCAAAGAGAUGACCGAACUGGCUGACACGACAAAAAUCACGCGACAAAAGAUCGAAUUCCAUGCGAAACAAAGACAUUGUUUUCCCGCGAGACUUUUGAGUGCGAAACAAAACCAAAAUGAGGUCUUGCAACGACAAAAUUGCAUCCUGGAUGGGCAAAAACUCAAUUUUUACAAGGCAGAUCCGCUUUCACUCACGCAGGAUUACGUCGCGAGAGUUUGGGGCAGCUUGACGAAGGAAGAGCUCGUCGGGUAUUACAGCGUUUAUGCGACUUGCAAUGCGGUUUUGAUGAAAUCUUAUCUCGUGGGGUCUUUUUUGACGAUGAUUUUUGCCACAGCUUCCGAUAACAUGUCCUCAAAUUGGUACGAAAAGCGAUUUAAUACGCUUUGCAGCCUUUUUCCUGAACUUUUUAUCAAAAAUGCCGUCUCCACAGACAUUAUCGCCAAAUAUACGAAGCUCUAUUUGCGCCAAGAGAUCCCGCAAGAAGCGAUUUAUCACGCGUUUUUGUAUUCCUGCGACUUGACCCGAAAUUUAAUCACGGAAAAUAAAAUGACGUGGAUUAUUUCGCAAAUUCACACGAACAGUGUUCGAGCGGCGCUGGGUCUUGCCGAGUUGUCGCUCUCGAAUAACUUUUUGACGCACAGUUUUUUGUCGCAGCACAUCCCCGACGACCAAUUUAAAGCUUUAGGAAUUUUAGUUAUGGAAAUUUUCCGCGAUCCCUUCGCGUCGAUCGUCAUUUCCAACCGGAAAGCGUUGCGAUAUUUGUAUCCGGAUCUCGCUUAUUUGGGCAUCAGUGCCUCGAGUCACUUUAAUUUGUAUCCUUGCAAGCCACUGGGCACCGCCGUAAACACCAAAGAGACCCUCGAUCACUUAAUGGCAGCCAUCAAGGAAAUUUCGAUGGAAAUCGAGGGUGCCAGAUUGUUAGCUGACGAUGCCCCAACAAUUCCCCUGAUUGCCGAGGAACGACGCCGUCGCAGCCAAAUGAGCCCGUACGAGGCAUGGGAAUUGUACAUUUCCAAAAAUAUGACGACAAAAGAUGCGGCGUUUGCGACUCUCAUGAAUACGUUGCUCAACACGUGUCGCUUUGGCGUCGUCGAGCUGUUUCGCAGCCCGGAAUUACGAACGGCACGGAAACAAGUGAUUCACGAGGAUUUGAAGGGGAAACUUGAAUUAUUUGGCAUUGUGGUGCCCGAGAGCUAUACGAAGGAGGAACAGCCGCAAAAACAGUGGAAAAUUGACAUCAAUGACGUUCAAACGUUCAAUUUGGUCCAAAAAAACUAAAAAUAAAAAAAAAAUUAAAAAAAAAAAUAUUUCCAUGACAAGAAAGACGAUUUCUAACCAAUUCAUGAUCCAGACUGCAGUACCUUAAAAAAAUAUUUUCACUAAAAAUUUUGAAUUUACCGGCAAAUGCAAGGCCUCAGCAUCAACAAUGACCGUGACAUCCUAUGUAUAAUUAUAUUAUUAGAUUUAUGAAGAUAUUGUUUAUUUUUUCACGUAUAAAUAAAGAGAAA